AUGACUGAGUUCGAUUUCUUCGUUCCCGAUGUGGUGAAAGAGGCAUUGGGAGACACUGAACUAAGACAAUUGAUUCAGGCUGAAAGCAAGAUCUUUCUGGACACCACAUUUAAUGAACCGGAGAGCACGGUUUCAACAGCCAAUCUGCAGGCUCUCAAUGCCUACGCGGCUACCAAUACCGAUAGCUACACUCUCACUAAUGAUAUUAAUCUAGGCGAUCUCUCUAACGCCGCGCAAAUCAUAUUCACGGGAGAGACACAGAAGGAUGCCAUCCGUCGUGGCGAUCAUAAGCUCAUUGACACUCUGAAGAAGUCACAAUCGAAUGAUUUGAAGCCUUGCAUGGACCAUAUCAGCAAGCACGGGGAGAACGCUUUCGUCGAGGCAAUCAAUGAUUCCGAUGGAAAGCACUACUACAUCUGCCCAAGCGAUAUCGGCUAUGUUUGGGUCAUGCCUCAGUCAGUGGAGCCCCAGAAACAAUCGGCUGGGACAUCUGGAGUUCUGGCCAACGAUGUGCAGACCAAAGCCACUGUUUCCGUAGGCAGCUACGCCAAGAACACCAACUGGAUGGGAAUAUCCAUGAAGACGAUCUACAACAUUCCAUCCCGAGGUCUCGGCCAGCGCGAUUGGUUUCUUCGUGGCGAGAGUGGUUGGGAACGAGCGGUGGCUGCUGCAGCUGCUGAUGCGGCUGCAGGCGGUCUGAUGGCAGAUGCUGCAAUUGCAACUAUAGUGGGAGCAGUAGGAGCUCUAGCUGCUGGAGUUCUCGCCGCAAUUGUCAUCCUCUAUCUCGUGGACCUUUUCCACAGAUCAUAUGGACUGACGCUGAAUAUCUACAACUGGGACAAGUCCGGAGGCUGGAAUGUCAACGAUUGGUUCAGCGACAAUAGCAAGAUCAACGAUGAUGCCAAUACAGGUGGUACCGGUCAAUUUAGAGCGGCCAAGCUGGAUAAAGUUGAGGAUAGCUUCAAGGGUCCUGAUGGGUUCCCUAUCCGUACUACUAGUGACCUGGCAAGCUACGGGACAUACACCUUUUCGAACGGAUUUUACCUCAAAUAUGUCGUCCAUCGAUUCAAGGAUAACGAGAUCGGCCUUCAGGGCAACAUUAAGAAUAACAUGGAAAGCUAUUACAAGAGCUCUUGGGCCCCGCCGCAAUCAUUCACUACUGAAUCGGCCAUUGAAGGAACGGGUGUCCCUAUCAAGGGCAUCACGUACGCUUUGAGCGGUGCCGACGAACGUCUAUACACCUUUGAUGUCCACAUUGGCGUGAAGCAGUAG